UCCAACCUAGAAAAAAAGGUUCAAUAAAAUACUUCCGAAACUUCAUUAAUACAAUAAUUGUAAAAAAUAUUGUUAUUAAUUACCAAUAGCUUAUUUUGUACAAUUUAAAAUAUCAAGACGGGCAUCUGCACAAGCAAACUAAGUUUCCUUAAGACAUGACAUGAUAUAGUCGACUAGUGCACUACGUAGUAGAUAAUUACAAGAACCUAAAAAUGCCGCGAGGUGUUAUAAUACAUUUAAUAAUAAGCGUCUUUGGUAUAAUUUUUGCUAUAUCAGCAUUUAUUGUACUCUUUGUUGUGUAUAGGAAUUUCGACGUUGGAUUUUGGUCUAUCUUAUCAGGUAUGUUAGCUGCGGUUUGUUUUCACCUGCAUUGGCUUAAAGGAAAAGAAAGUUUAGAAAGAUGGCAUACCAAAUCUACAUUGAAAAGUUUAAAUGUUGUUGGUUUUGUAAGUGCUGUAGCAGGAAUUACUGCACUAAUUUGGUAUCUCUUCCUCACAUUUUAUUACAAGAUCCCCGUUAUACCCAUUGGGGAAAGUACAACGAUAUCAGCUAUUUGGUCUAUGAUUUGUGGAAAAUGGGGAAUUUUCUUGAUGUACUAUUCUCACAAAUAUGGAUUAAUUAUCGCAAUAAACUCUCCAGCCAUAUUAACAGAAGAUAAUGCUUAAGAAUUUUUUAUACAAAUGAAUAUAACAAUUUUUAUAUAGAGUAUUUUUAUUAAAUGUAUUUAUAAAAAAUGUUUUGUUUGCAAAUAUAAAUUUAUUCAUAAUAACAUGACAUAGAGAUAAGUUACAUUGUAAAUAUUAUGUAAAUAUAUUUACUGAAAUAUAAUUUUAUGAUAUAAAACAGA